AUGAGACUUUUGGUUUUCUGUAUGACUUCGUUGGUAAUGGGAAGUAGAAUGGUUAGAAUUACUCCAAGGACCCAUCCAGACUUUGUUGUAGCAAUUGUGCCCCCAAAGCUCGGGGGAAAGGGUACUAUUAAAGUGAUUAGUACCAGAGAAGAUAGAAAGGUGGAGGAGUCUGGGAAAGCGACUUUCAAGAUCAGUAAGGGAAUGACAGAAAUCUCGCAAGGGGGAUCUAAAAUCUGCAAAAACGAAAAAAAUGAUAGUAUCGAAGUGUGCACGGGAGAAGAUGAACUCUAUUCAAAGUGGAAAUUAGUUUCUGAGGAUGGAGGAGUUAGGUUCCGGACUGAAAACGAUGUCUGUCUAGAAGCAGUCGAGGAGAAGGGAAAGGCAGACCCAGUAAGAUUGAUCGGGAAGGAAUGUAAGUUAAACACAAAGAGUCAGCUUUUUGAUUUAACAUUUGUUGACGAGGAGAACCAGGAUUCCGAUGAGGUUGAAUUCAACAAAAGUUCUCAGAAAGACUUGCCCCUGGAGGAUCUUCUUCCCUAUUUGCUCUAUGGUAAAGAGCCAAUAGCAAAUCAACGCAUAAUUCUAUAUGACGGUGAAGGUAAAAAGAAGGCUUCGUUCAAGGGGUCUGUAAGUCCGCUUCUUAUUGCCAGCCUAAGCUCUGGAAUUCUGCCGCACUCUAACAAAGUAACCUCACCGUAUUCUUCUUAUAGACCACUGUCAGGGUCUAAACUAGAGGAGGAGGUUGCAAUCACGCCAAACUAUGCAGAUUAUGGAAAGCUUUAUUAA